AUGUCUACUUCGAACGGUACUACCACUGCCUCGUCCGCGCCGGACUCAAGGCCAGUGUUCUUCUUCGAUAUUGAUAACUGUUGCAAUAUCCACGAUGAGAUGCAGAAACUGAUCCACAAGUUCUUCAUGGACCAUCUCUCGCUGGACAAAGACGACGCCCACAUGCUUCACAUGAAAUACUAUAAAGAAUACGGUCUUGCCAUUGAAGGUCUCACUCGCCACCACAAGAUUGACCCCCUCGAAUUCAAUCGCAAAGUCGACGAUGCCUUGCCCCUAGACCGCAUCCUGAAGCCGGACCCCGAGUUGCGCCAGUUGCUCGAGGACAUCGACACGAACAAAGUGAGGUUGUGGCUCUUGACGAACGCAUAUAUCACCCAUGCCACGAGAGUUGUCAAGCUGUUGCAAAUCGACGAUCUCUUCGAAGGCAUCACCUACUGCGACUACUCCAAGCUACCCCUCAUCUGUAAGCCUACCCAGGCCAUGUAUGAGAAGGCCGAGAAGGAGGCCAGGGCUCCGAGCACAGAAACGUGUUAUUUUGUGGAUGACUCCCACCUUAACUGCAAGCAUGCUGCGGAGCGUGGCUGGACCACUGUCCACCUCGUCGAGCCUUGUACCCCUCUACCACCGACCCCGGCAUCGCAGUACAUGAUACGGAAUCUCAAGGAGCUGAGAACCGUCUUCCCGCAUCUUUUUAAGAGCCAAAAUUGA